AUGUCGACGUCGCAGUUCGAUCGGCGGACCUCGACGUCGCCGUCGCCAGCAACUUUUAAGUUCCCGGACCUGUCGGACGACAUGUUGCAGACUACACAGGAGCCCAUGGACUCAACGCCAGCGUCGCCCAUGCCGCAGCCGCUCGGGCUGCCGAACCACCUGCACAGCCAUGAACGAUGGCAGGCGCGCAAAGGCUCACACACCAUGAACGGUUGGACACCCAAUGGCGGAGCAGUAGGCCGACACGGAAGACAAAAGAGCUUGAGCGAGGCGAUACGGACGGUGCGAGGGAGGAGGGCCAGUGUCAGCCAGAACGCACACGAGAUAGCCGACGCUCUCAAGGCGCCUGUGUCAGGACGCCUCAUUGUACGUUGCAGCUCGAAUACAAUCGCAUUGCCAUUCCCGUGCUUACUCGUUGGCCAAAGUNUCCUCUGUGCCAUCUGGUACACGACGUCCAUCAUGUCCAAUACUUCGUCCAAGGCCAUCCUGACCGCCUUGCCCAAGCCCGUGACCUUGACUUUGAUCCAAUUCAUGUUUGUAUGCUCGUGGUGUCUAUUACUAUCUUGGGCUGCUCGCAUCCAUCCGCCGCUUCGAAACUCCAUGCCCGUACUGCGUCACGGUAUCCGCAAGCCUUCGCGCGAACUCAUCAUGACCACCCUUCCCCUAACCGCUUUCCAAAUCGGCGGUCAUAUCCUCAGCUCUGACGCUAUGAGCCGCAUCCCAGUCUCGCUUGUCCACACCAUCAAGGGGCUGUCGCCUCUGCUCACAGUCCUCGCCUACCGCUUCGUUCUCGACGUCCGCUACUCGUAUGCCACCUACAUGUCGCUCGUACCCCUCACACUAGGCGUCGUCAUGGCCUGCUCCGCUAGCUUCAAAGCAAACUUCCUGGGACUCGUAUAUGCUUUCGGCAGCGCACUCCUGUUCGUCACUCAGAACAUUGUAUCCAAAAAGCUAUUCAACGAGGCUGCCAAAGCAGAGGCCGACGGUAUCAACAUUCGCAACAAGAAGCCCGACAAGCUCAACCUCCUGUGCUAUUCUUCCGGUCUCGCCUUCAUCUUUACCCUGCCCAUCUGGCUAUGGUCAGAGGGCUUCUCAAUGAUCGCCGACUUCCUAGCCGACGCCUCCAUCGAAUUGUCCGAACGCCCUGGCUCACUCGACCACGCUCGUCUCGGCCUGGAAUUCAUCUUCAACGGAUCCUUCCACUUUGGCCAAAAUCUCGUCGCGUUCGUCCUACUGGGCCUUGUCUCUCCAGUCACCUACAGUGUAGCCAGCUUGUUCAAGCGCGUUUUCGUCAUUGUCUUUGCAAUCAUCUGGUUCGGCAACCCCAUGACCAAGAUCCAAGGCUUUGGCAUCGGCCUCACGAUCCUCGGUCUCUACCUCUACGACCGCACCAGCGAUGCCGCAAAAGCAGACAAACGUGCUCGCGCCUUGCAAGAGGGCAAAGAAACACUACUUCCUCUAGUUGGUGGUGACAACAAGAAGUCGGAUGCUUCUCCUUACUCGCAAGCGCCUCCUUCUCAUGGAGGCUACGGCUUGCCGAAUGGUGCGGAACACAGCAUGCGCGCCAGAUCAUCGAGUAACGCUUCGCCUGGUUCAUGGCUUCCUCCGGGUACUAGAGCGGAAGAGACGUGGAACGCAGAAGAUCGAUUUGGUCCAAAGCAAAGUAUAGGUGUCAGAUAG